UCUUCUUUUUCUUCUUCUUUUUCUUCUUCUUUUUCUUCUUCUUUUUCUUCUUCUUUUUCUUCUUCUUUUUCUUCUUCUUUUUCUUCUUCUUCUUCUUCUUCUUCUUCUUCUUCUUCUUCUUCUUCUUCUUCUUCUUCUUCUUCUUCUUCUUCUUCUUCUUCUUCUUCUUCUUCUUCUUCUUCUUCUUCUUCUUCUUCUUCUUCUUCUUCUUCUUCUUCUUCUUCUUCUUCUUCUUCUUCUUCUUCUUCUUCUUCUUCUUCUUCUUCUUCUUCUUCUUCUUCUUCUUCUUCUUCUUCUUCUUUUUCUUCUUCUUUUUCUUCUUCUUUUUCUUCUUCUUUUUCUUCUUCUUUUUCUUCUUCUUUUUCUUCUUCUUCUUCUUCUUCUUUUUCUUCUUCUUCUUCUUCUUUUUCUUCUUCUUCUUCUUCUUCUUCUUCUUCUUCUUCUUCUUCUUCUUCUUCUUCUUCUUCUUCUUCUUCUUCUUCUUCUUCUUCUUCUUCUUCUUCUUCUUCUUCUUCUUCUUCUUCUUCUUCUUCUUCUUCUUCUUCUUCUUCUUCUUCUUCUUCUUCUUCUUCUUCUUCUUCUUCUUCUUCUUCUUCUUCUUCUUCUUCUUCUUCUUCUUCUAGCUUAUUUUAG